GGGGGGGGGGACACAGCGGGAGCCCCUCCACCCCGAGCCCCUGAGCUGAUUGACGGGCAGAGAUGUUGGCGCUGAAGAGACGCUUCUUCGUGUUAAAAGUCUGGUCAGUCAUCGUUCUCACCGGGGCGAUAGCAUCCACGCAGAAGACUCGAGAGGGACAGAACAUCGCAGCGCGUCACAAGCCGGCAACGCAGUGCGGCGUUUGGGUUCGGAACGAGAAUGGGGGUUACUUUUCUUCACCCAGUUAUCCCCAAACCUACCCUCCCAACAAGGAAUGCGUCUACAUCCUGGAAGCGGCCCCACGUCAGAGAAUUGAAAUUACCUUCGAUGAACCUUACGACAUCGAAAAGUCCUGGGACUGUAGAUUCGAUAACUUGGAAGUGAGAGAUGGGCCAUUUGGAUUCUCCCAUCUGAUAGACCAAUACUGUGGUCAAAAGAGCCCAGCCGUCAUUAAGUCAACCGGGAGAUUCAUGUGGAUAAAGUUUUCCUCAGACGAGGAACUGGAAGGAAUUGGAUUUCGAGCAAAAUAUUCCUUUGUGCCAGAUCCAGAUUUUAUUUACCUGGGAGGAAUCCUGAAUCCCAUUCCAGCAGACUGCCAGUUUGAACUGGCGGGGGCUGAUGGAAUUAUCCGCUCAAGUCAAGUGGAGCAAGAAGAGAAAAUCAAACCAGGAGAAGCCAUUGACUGCAUUUGGACGAUCAGGGCUCCACCAACGGCUAAAAUUUAUUUGCGCUUUCUUGAAUAUCAAAUGGAUCACUCGAAUGAAUGCAAGAGAAACUUUGUUGCUGUCUAUGACGGGAGCAGUGCUAUUGAAAACCUGAAAGCAAAGUUUUGUAGUACGGUGGCAAAUGAUGUGAUGCUGAAAACUGGCGUUGGAGUGGUCCGCAUGUGGGCUGAUGAGGGCAGCAGGCUGAGCAAAUUCCAAAUGUUGUUUACUUCAUUUGUAGAUCCACCCUGCCAAGACAACACAUUCUUUUGCCACAGUAACAUGUGCAUCAACAAUUCUUUGGUUUGCAAUGGAGUGCAGAACUGUGUCUACCCAUGGGAUGAGAACCAUUGUAAAGAAAAGAAAAAGUCUGGACUCUUUCAUCAGAUUACCAAAACUCAUGGAACUAUCAUUGGUAUUUCUUCAGGCAUCGUUUUGGUGCUUCUUGUCAUUUCUGUGCUUGUACAAGUGAAACAACCUCGGAAAAAAGUUUUGGGUCGGAAAGCAGCUUUUAACAAAUCGGGGUUUCAAGAAGUGUUUGAUCCCCCGCACUAUGAGCUGUUUUCAUUGAGAGAUAAGGAAAUAUCAGCAGAUUUGGCCGAUUUAUCCGAAGACUUCGAGAACUAUCAUAAACUGCGACGAUCCUCAUCCAUUGCUUCCAGGUGCAUCCACGAUCACCACUGUGGCUCACAGCCAUCAAGUAUAAAGCAGAGCAGGACUAAUUUAAGCUCAAUGGAUCUUCCAUUUCGGAAUGACUUCACACAACCACAGCCAAUGAAGACAUUUAAUAGCAGCUUCAAGAAAAGCUGCUAUACUUUAAAACAGUCACAAGACUGUCCAGAGCAAGUCAUAGAAGACAGAGUAAUGGAAGAGAUUCCUUCUGAAAUCUACGUACAUGGGAGAAAUGAUACUGUUCAGCGUUCAAUGUCCAUUGACUUCUGAAGUUUAAUUGCCGUUACACAUGCAUUUCUGGCUUCUUUUUCACUUACCAAGUGCUACUCUGUCACUUCAACAUUUCAUUUAGUGAUUGACAUAGUCCUAAAAGCCACGUCAAUGACAUACAUCAAGCUGGGUCUAUUACCACAGACUGUUUGUCUUGCCUCUGCCCUUCUCUAUGGGAUCAUUUCUGUAAAGUGAACUCCCUGUACAAUUCUUUCUACAAGACCGCUGUGUUCUGAAGCCUGUUAAUAUUGUAUCAUUGGUUGGAAUUACUGAAUGUAAGUACGCAAAGAUUUCUUUUAAAUCUUUUGUAUCAUGCUGUUAGCCCAUUAAUCGUAAUACAGUACUUCACUCCACUGGAGAAAAGCUUUUUGAUUGAUGUAUGAGACAUUGCACUGCAAUUAUUUUAAAAGUAUCACUUUUUUAAAAAAAACUUAAAAAGCAUUUUUUUUGUAGACUUUGCUAUACCCAAUGGUUUUGAAUGGCAGAAUUAUUUUAAACCUUAUUUCCUAAGUUUUUUUUAACACCAGUUAAUUGCACCCAAUUCGGAUUGAACAACCACCUGGAAUGAAUUACCAUUAAUCAAUUGACAGGAUCAUGUAUUUGCAAGUUUAAAUAAAAGGCUUAUUGAAAUGUAAAUGUAGUUCUUGAGUUCUGUGCACAGUAUUCCGAAUGCAACUGUUCUGUAUUACAUGUAUUGAAAAACCUAAUAUUCUACGAAACCUCACCCAAUGUCCACACAUACAUACUUUCAGAGAGACAAAUAUAAUGAUCAAUAUAAUGCUGAAACCUUGAUUUGUCUCUCUCUAGCCUAGUAUGCUGAGGCCAACUGUAGCACCCCAACAGAUAUGUCAGCUGCCAACUCAGUACAGAUUGGGCAUCAAAUUUGGAAUCUUCUUAGUUUUUCUGGCUCAUUUUUUCUCUAGAAAGUUAUGUUAGCAAAUGAGUGAUUGGGUAGGUUAUAUGUUUUCUUUCUAAAGUACCCACUGUAAACAGAUCGAUAACUAGCUAGAACUCUACAAAGAUUGCCUAUAUUCACAUCAUAGCUGUAAGCACAUCAACUGUUUUCAAGCAAUAAACAAGAACAAUGUUGAUUGAGGAUGAGUUAGCAGCAGC